CUUCUGGGCUCAAGUGAUCCUCCCACCUUGGCCUCCCAAAGUGCUGGGAUUACAGGUAUGAGCCACUGCUCCCAGCCAUUACCUCCUCUUUUGAUUUAAGCAAAUGUCUUAAAUUUGCAGAGCUAGUUUCUCCAAAGAACUAAGUAAUAGGUAAUAUUUAUAAACUGUAUUCUUACGUGUUAGGCGUUGUGCCAGCUGCUUUGUCUAUGUAUUCCUUUAAUCUUCACAGCAACCUUACAAGAGAUUAUCCUACAAAUGAGAAAAAUGAGACUUAGGUUACAUGAUUUGCACACUGCUGGUGAGUAGUGGAUCUUGGAAAUUUGAAAGUCUGUUACACCGUAAUGCUUCCUUACAUCAAAGUGAAUUGAUGGAAUUUUUGAGGUAGGAGGGAAUGGGAAAUUUUAUAUUGCACUGCAGGUCUACAAAUUCAGCCCAAGCACUAUGUCCUUUGAAAUAGCUCUUCAUAGUAAGAAUUGGUGACUCCAUAAACUGCUAACUUUUAUGCCUCGUUGGUUUCUUUCUCUUCCUCUAGUACCACCUACUUCAGAUACUGCCCUUCCCCAAGAGGAAAGCACAGGAGAGGAAGGAAUGGCUGCUGGUCUUCUCACAGCUGGGCCCCAGGAGGGGUGGAGGCACCUGGUCCCCACUCCAAGGGACAGGUUCAAGGAGGGGAUACCAAAAAAGUCCAGGAACCUGGUGCUACUGGGACUUCCAGUUUCCCAGUCUGGCGUGAACUCCCAGUUGGAACAAAGGGAAGGCCCAUGGAUGUUGGAGAGAGAAGACCUACGAAGUUCCUGUCCAGACUGGAAGAUUAUACCUGAAUCACCACCAGAGCAAGCCAGUUCUGAAGAAUCAUCCCAAGACACAAAUGUAGAGAUGGCCCUUGGGGAGUCAGACCACAGGAUCAAUGAACUUGCGAAGAGCUUCAAUCUGAGACCAGUCCUCUCUCCACAACAGGGAGUUGCGACAGAAGUGAGACUUCACAGAUGUGCAACACAUACCGAGAGCUUCAAAAAAAAUUCCAAAAUAAUAGACCCUCACAGAGUGAAACCGUACACAUGUAAUGAAUGUGGCAAAGCCUUCAGUUACUGUUCUUCCCUUUCUCAGCACCAGAAGAGCCACACUGGGGAGAAGCCCUACGAGUGCAAUGAAUGUGGGAAGGCCUUCAGCCAGAGCUCCUCUCUCAUUCAGCACCAGAGAAUUCACACGGGAGAGAAACCUUAUAAAUGCAGUGAAUGUGGGAGAGCCUUCAGCCAGAACGCGAACCUCACAAAACACCAGCGAACUCAUACCGGAGAAAAGCCCUACAAAUGUAGUGAGUGUGAUAAAGCCUUCAGUGACUGUUCAGCCCUCGUUCAGCAUCAAAGAAUUCAUACCGGGGAGAAGCCCUAUGAAUGCAGUGACUGUGGGAAGGCCUUCCGUCAUAGUGCAAAUCUUACAAACCACCAGAGGACUCACACUGGGGAGAAGCCCUACAAAUGUAGUGAGUGUGGGAAGGCCUUCAGUUACUGUGCAGCGUUCAUUCAGCACCAGAGAAUUCACACAGGGGAGAAACCCUACAAAUGUAAUGCGUGUGGGAAGGCCUUCAGCCAGAGUGCAAACCUCACAAACCAUCAGAGGACGCACACUGGAGAGAAACCCUACAAGUGCAGUGAGUGUGGGAAGGCCUUCAGCCAAAGCACAAAUCUUAUAAUCCACCAAAAGACCCACACUGGGGAGAAGCCAUAUAAAUGUAAUGAAUGUGGGAAAUUCUUCAGUGAGAGCUCAGCCCUUAUUCGACAUCAUAUAAUUCACACUGGAGAAAAACCUUACGAGUGUAGUGAGUGUGGAAAAGCGUUUAACCAGAGUUCAUCCCUUAGUCAACAUCAGAGAAUUCACACUGGCAUGAAACCCUAUGAAUGCAGUGAGUGUGGGAAGGCCUUCAGGUGUAGCUCAGCUUUCAUUAGACAUCAGAGACUCCAUGCUGGAGAGUAACUGAGAACACAGUGGAAGUGGGGAGAGCCCCCCCUACAUGCCAACUCAUGACAGAUGUGUGACCUCAGGUAAAUGCUGAAGGCUUAGAAGCAUUUGGGGACACCUAGCUUUUAGUCUGUAGCCCAAUGCCACAUGCAAAAGCACCUUUAAUAAAAAGUCACUAUUUUA